GCUGAGUGUCCAUUUCGAUUUCAUAUUUCAAAGAAUGGACCGCUGGGUGGGCAGGGUAGCUAUAGUGACGGGGGCGAGCGUUGGAAUCGGAGCAGCAAUCGCCAAAAGCCUCACCCUGAAAGGGAUGAGAGUUGUUGGUGUUGCCCGCAGGGUGGAAAAAAUAGAGGCGUUGGUUGAUGAGCUUAAAACGGAAAAUCCAAAGGGCGAAUUGCACGCCAUUAAGGGAGAUGUUACUUGCGAGGAAGAUAUCAAAAGGAUAGUCCAGUGGGUUCGAGAAAAAUUUGGGGGCUUUGAUGUCCUCGUCAACAAUGCUGGCGGUGCCGUUUUUUCAAAGUUGUCAGAAAUUUCCCUUGCUGACAUCAGGAGAAUGUUAGAUUUGAACGUAGUUGGACUUUCUCUGUUCACGCGAGAUGCGAUUCAGGAUAUGAAGAGCAGGGGCGUCGACGACGGCCACAUUUUUCACAUCAACAGCAUUGGUGGUCACGAAAUAGUCAAUAUGCCCAGGACUGAGAUGUACGUAGCAACCAAACACGCGGUCACGGUUUUGACCGAGGGACUACGAAGAGAACUGCGCGACAUGGGCACCAAGAUACGCGUGACCAGCAUAAGUCCUGGUGCGGUAAAGACGGAGUUUGGUGUGGCUGCUGGUUUGACAGAGGAGCAAGCAGACCAAUACUACAAAAUCAAACCGUACCUAGAGCCAGAGGACAUUGCUGAUGCGCUUGUUUACGCAUUGUCAGCACCACCACACGUUCAGGUGCAUGAAUUAAUAAUUUUGCCCACCGGCAGAACUUAAAUUGAUAGCUAUGCCAAUAAAACUUAACCCAAU